AUGAUCAGAAUUAGAUCAUCUUCUGGUUAUUCACAAAUAGUUCGAGCUUUGAUUGACCAAGUAUCUGAAGCGUCAUUUAUAACUGAAGCCUCUGCACAGUACCUGAAGCUGAAGCGAGUUUCGGUGAAUGGUUUUAUUUGUGGAGUAGGAGAGGGUCAAACACAAACAAAGAGUAAGGCAUCUUUUGAGAUUAUGUCUUUAUAUAACCCUGAAUUUUCUAUCAAAGUCAAUGCUUUUGUGUUGAAAAAAUUAACUUCAUUUAUCCCGGCCAGGGAUACACCUCUACCUGAUUGGCCAGAUAUUUCAAAUCUACCUUUAGCUGAUCCAACCUACAGUACACCUGGACGGAUAGAUAUUAUUUUGGGUGCUGAGAUAUACGGUAAAAUUCUACUGGAUGGUCUUCUGAAACAUUCAGCUUUAUCUGGACCAGUUGCACAAAAUACGCAAUUAGGCUGGAUCUUGUCUGGAAAAAUAAGAGAUGAAUUAGUACAAGAAGAUCAUAAUGUAAUCAGCAUGCAUAUACAUCUAAAUGAAGAGCUUUUAAAACAAUUUUGGGAGAUACAAAGAGAACCUGAAAGUAUUAAGAAAAGAAAAACCAAAGAAGAAAUAAGAUGCGAAGAGAUUUACGAAAAAACAACAUAUAGAAAUAGUGAAGGGCGUUACGUCGUCAGAUUACCUUUUAAAG